AUAUUUGUGUUGGGCUCUUCUGCGUUUUGCUCGCCUUCACCUUCGGAGAACACGCGGCGGCGAGUGACCGUGAGGCGAGAUGGUGCAGCGGUUAACCUACCGGAAGAGGCACAGCUAUGCCACGAAAUCGAACCAGACCAGGGUCGUCAAAACCCCUGGUGGGAGACUUGUGUACCAGUACACCAACAAGAGAGCGAGCGGGCCGAAAUGCCCUGUGACUGGCAAGAGAAUCCAAGGGAUUCCUCACCUAAGACCUACCGAGUACAAGAGGUCUAGGUUGUCCAGAAACCGGAGGACUGUGAACCGGGCUUAUGGUGGGGUCUUAUCUGGAAGCGCAGUCAGGGAAAGGAUUAUCCGGGCCUUUUUGGUCGAAGAGCAGAAGAUUGUCAAGAAGGUUUUGAAGAUCCAGAAGGCCAAAGAGAAGCAAACCUCAAAGAGCUAAGGCAUGAAAGAAACGCCAAAUACUUUUUUGAGUUAUUGAUUUAUCUAGAAGAUUUUUGUUUUGACACAUAAAGUUUGGUGAGGGUGCUAUCCUAUAGUGCUAUUAUUGAUCUGUUCAUUAGAAUUUUUUUGGGAUGAUCUGUUCUCAUGCUUGCUUUAUUAUGGUUGUACUUUAUGUUUGAACUAAUUAACUUUCUUGAAUUGUUAGUCAAAUAUUGCUUUAUGUGCUUUUGAUUC